CAUCGUGUCUUUUUCUUGUGACUUUUUUUGCUUAUGAUUAUUGUUGGAUUAUGAGAUAUGGUGGAAAAUGAAUUUUUUUUUUGGAAAUCAUCUGGAGUAAAAGAGUUUUUGAUCAACCAAGACUUGUUACUUUAUACCCAUGAUUCCAUGUUUUAUCAUUGCUUCGGACAAAACCAAUAAUUAUCAUGCCACUUCGUAUGUAUGUGAGGUGUGGAUUCCAUAAUGACUAUGCUCUACUGAUUUCGGUAAAUGAUCCAAGUCUGUGUUGUUUCACACUCAAUUGUGUAAAUAUUUAGGAUGUAAUUGUAGAGGAUAGAAAUGGUAAAAGCGGAAAAGGAAAAAUAAUAGAGGUUGGAUUUGUGUCAUUUUCACCUUCAUUCAAGUCCAGAGAAGCUGCUAAAUAUUGAUGUGUGACCAUUUCAUACCAUCACACUGUUGAUGACUUCUUUUUCUUGGCCUGGUUUUCUAAAUAUCAGAUGACUGGAUUUUGCAAGGCUUCUAGAUUUGUGUAGUAUGUGAAUAUUUUAAGGAUGUUGAAAGGGUGUUUGUCUCAAUGACCAUGGCUAGCAUCCCCCUAUAGGUGUUGCAAGCAAGAGCUGUUGCUCAAGGGCUGUUUAGGUAGCACCUGGAAAUUUGCUUUGAUGGUAUAAUAACGAUGGUUCAUGGAGGCAUCCCCAUUAACCAAAUCAAUCCAGGGUCACUGUCAAUCUGAUCAAAUGACUAGACUACAUAACUCAACUCACUCCGUUGAAGAUAAAGGUGACUGGGAAUCAAAGGAGGUGAUUAGUAGGGAUGGACAAACAGAGCUCAAGACCAACGUUUUCUUUGCUUCUUUCGACCAAUGCAGCAACAAGGCCGCAGGAGAGAGUGCUUGCACAGCACUUGUUGCUGUUAUUGCCUAUUGGCUCCAACUGAACCGAGAUGCCGUGCCUACGAGGCCAGAAUUCGACGAUCUCAUCAUGGAAGGCUCAUCUGAAUGGCGAAAGUUAUGUGAAAACGAUGCCUACACAUAUGAUUUUCCCAACAAGCACUUUGAUCUUGAGACAGUAUUGCAUGCUGAUGUUCGACCAAUAGCUAUCUCUCGCGAUGAUUCGUUUGUUGGAUUCUUUAGCCCGGAAAAGUUCGAGGCACUGAAAGAAGCCAUGUCUUUCGAUGAGAUAUGGGAGGGUAUCAGCAGAGUAGCUGAAGACCAUGACCCAAGGGUCUACAUCGUAAGUUGGAAUGAUCAUUUUUUUGUGUUGAAGGUGGAGGCAAAUGCGUACUACAUCAUUGACACAUUGGGUGAAAGACUCUGUGAGGGGUGCAACCAAGCAUACAUUCUAAAAUUUGAUGAUUCCUCUCUGAUGCAUGGAAAAAGUGCGAAAGAAGAUGUCAACAAGGCUGAAAGCUCAGAUAGUAAGAGUACAAAUCCUAAUGACAUUGGAGAGAUCAUAUGCAGUGGAAAAGAAUGCUGUAAAGAGUUCAUCAAAAGAUUUCUUGCCGCAAUACCACUCGAGGAACUCGAAGAAGAAGAAAAGAAGGGAGCAGUUUCAUAUUACUCCCUGCAUCAUCGCCUGCAAAUAGAGUUGAACUUUAGCUAUGUAUUGCCCUCGUCUUUCACAUCAUCACCAUUCUCUUCUUCUUCGCCUACCUCUGCAUCUUCUAGUUUAACUGAUGUAUGUAUAUAACUACUGUAUAUAAUAAGAUUUGACUUUGUAAAUCCCACUCCGUGUCUAACUUGGCCGCACAGCCUAUAAAAUGUUUCAUUGACUUCUUCAGGGAUUCUAAA